GCUGAGGGGCGGGGCGGGGGCAAAAGUGGCCUCUUUGCCUCAUUUGUGCCCUAGCGCCGCCCGGACACCGUGCUGGCCGCCGACACCAUGAAGAUCUGGACUUCGGAGCACGUCUUUGACCAUCCAUGGGAAACCGUUACAACAGCUGCAAUGCAGAAAUACCCAAACCCUAUGAAUCCGAGUGUGGUUGGAGUUGAUGUACUGGACAGACACAUAGAUCCCUCUGGAAAGUUGCACAGCCAUAGACUUCUCAGCACAGAGUGGGGACUGCCUUCCAUUGUGAAAUCUAUUAUUGGUGCAGCAAGAACCAAAACAUAUGUGCAAGAACAUUCUGUAGUGGAUCCCAUAGAGAAAACAAUGGAACUUAAAUCUACAAAUAUUUCAUUUACAAAUAUGGUUUCAGUAGAUGAGAGACUUAUAUACAAACCACAUCCUCAAGACCCAGAAAAAACUAUUUUGACUCAAGAAGCCAUAAUUACUGUGAAAGGAGUCAGUCUCGGCAGUUACCUUGAAGGGCUGAUGGCAAGUACGAUAUCAUCAAAUGCUAAUAAAGGCCGAGAAGCAAUGGAGUGGGUAAUACAUAAAUUAAAUGCUGAAAUUGAAGAGCUGACAGCUUCAGCAAGAGGAAGCAUACGGACACCAAUGGCAGCAGCAGCGUUUGUGGAGAAAUGAUAAUGGAGGUGGAUAGAUGGCACCCAGUUCCCCAGGUCUCUACAAGCUGGCAGUAUAUUUAUUUGUUAUUUAAAAAAUACAACUCUAUUUUAGGUAGAAUUUUUUUUUUUUUAAUAAGCUUAAGAAAAGCUAUGUGACUUGAUCAAACAGGUUCAGGGUUUCUAAAUAAAAGGGAUCAGCUGAAAUUAGUAUUGUCUGAAAUGACUGAUUUUGAGGAUUCCAGUAUUUAUGCAGAAUUUUAAGUUUUUUGAAAAGUAUGCUUGGAAAUUGCUAUUGGCUGAUGAAACCUCCUUAAGGUAGAAUUUUAAAGCUUUUCAUGCAUUGGAACUUUACCUGGCUUUGGACCAACCGCAGAACCAAGCAGAGCCCCUUCUGCAUACGCACGACUGCCCUGCUGCGGUAAACUUGGAGAGCUUCCAUGAGGGAACUCACUUUUAAAGGAGAAACUAUCGUUUUAAAAAGACAUUAAUUGUAUGAAAUAAUUUGCUCUGCUAUAAACCACCGUUAAAAAUCACAAUGCUUAAAUUUCAUACUCAAAUGACAUUUUUUGGAGUAAAAAUUAUCACAAAAGUAAUGACUCCAACAAAAGUACAUUUUAUUGUGUUAUAAAGAGUACUGUACUGAUUUGCCAAAGUUUUGUAACUUAGUAAAGGUAUUACCUUCCUUGGAUUUGUACUUUAUGAUUUAGUAUGCUGUAUCGUGGGCUGGUUAUGUUAACUGAAAAAAUAAAGUCAUUACCAGAAUUUUGCAGCACUCUAAACUUAAACAGAAGAACAGCUGUUCAUAUCUUUUAGCAUUUCACAUUUGCCUAACUUAUAAAUUGCCAUGUGUCAAAAUCAUGGUUCUGUAAUUGCUAAAGCAUGAUAUGUCAGGUUAUUUGCAUAUAAUUACUUUGUGAAGUAAUUAUGACCACAAAACAUCUUUGUUACCUGAAGAGCUGUACAUCAUUUGAAAUUACUCAAAUGAUGUCUUGAUCUGAAGCAUAAAUCCCAGGGACUUAAUGUUUUUAAUAACACUGUGUCACUGCGGGGGAUGGGGGUGGUGGAGAAGAAAAAAUAAUAGGGUGGGAAAAAAAAAGCAUUGGCCUAAAGCACCCUAUGAACUGCUUUGCAGCUUUUAUUUAUAGGAAAUCCUUGCUCUGGAUGAACAGUCCAAUAUGUGUCUUUUGUAGCAGGCAAUUAAUUAUCAACCACUAAGGAAGAAUAACUAUGAUCCUUAGAAUUGUUGCAUACAGAGUACUGUUAUUAAAUGGUGAUGAGCUCUUGCUUUUAUUUCACAGUACUUAAUGCUAUAAACUUAUAGUCAGUUUUCCUACAAAAGAAACCAGUUAAUAUAGGUACAUAAACCACAAAAAUCGUAUACCAAUUUAAAAACUAGUGUUUUUCUACUUAAAAUACUGUUUAGCUUGAGGCUAUUUG